AUGGCGGGCUACACGCGCCGGCCCAGCGCGUCCCCGCUGUGGCGGACGCGGAGCCUCAUGGUUCCCGAGGGCGAGGGGUCGUCCGUGAGGCCGCAGUCGUGGUCGCUGGCCGCUCCCGCGUUCUACGGGUGCCGCCGUGGGUCUGCUGUCCCGCAGCUAGCGGGCGAGCGCGGUCACAGCCGCCCGCUGCCCUCGCGCCUCGUGCGCUUCCGGCCGUCGGUUAUGUGCUGCGUGCCCAGCCGGGUGCUGGCGUCCGUGGGAGACGCCGACUUCGGCUACGGAACGGGAAAAUGCUCCGAGCAAGGGCCAUCGGCAGCACACAAGACACAUUUUGGAGCUGACAAGCUGGAAGAUCUUGACCAGACCAGUCCAUUCUCCUUUAAAGAGCUGCUAAAAACCAAGAACCUUAGCCUGUCGACAGAGGACCCAUCAACCAACAGUAGAAUUUACCUCAAGGAAGCGGCGAGGCACCCGCGGGGUCUAGCCCACAGCUCCCCACCCUUCCAGACCUUAGGAUAUGGCCUGGAGCCGAGGAGGCCAUUCUUUGAAGACCUAGCAGGUGUCAGUGUCCUGGAAGAGGAGGAUGAGUGGGAUGGAGCUUACCAGUCGUCUACUUUGGAACCAACUCGCGCCUCCAGGACCCCAGGCAGCAUGUCGCCGUACCUCUCCUUCCUCUCCACAGCAUCGGAGCUGGCAAGAUCCCAGUCUUUGCCCCCAUGGAUGCUGAGUGACACUGACUCCUGUGUCUCCCUGGCAUCUCCAGCCAGGAGUCCAGUUAUAGACUUCGAGGCACACAGAGAGUCCCUGGGAGACCGACACCUGCGGACGUUGCAGAUAAAUUACGAAGCACUAAAAGAAGACAAUUCUAAACUAAGAAGAAAACUGAAUGAGGUUCAGAGCUUCUCUGAAACACAAACAGAAAUGGUGAGGAUACUUGAGUGGAAGUUGGAGGCAGAGAUGGUCAAGGAGGAGAGUGACUUCCACGACCUGAAGUCAGUGGUCCAACAAGUAGAACAGAACCUCGAGCUGAUGACCAAAAGGGCUGUAAAGGCAGAAAAUCAGGUCACGAAGCUGAAACAGGAGGUAAGCUCGCUGCAAACACAGAUCUCCAACUUCAAGCGAGAAAAUGAAGCCCUGCAGUCAGGCCAGGGCACCAGCCUUAAGGUGGUGAAGCAGAACUUGGAACUGGCCUUGCAGAACCUCCGUGUGGUCAUGAACAGUGCACACUCAUCCAUAAAACAGCUGGUGGCUGGAGCAGAAACCAUGAAUCUUGUUGCUGAAAUCCUUAAAUCUGUCGAUAGAAUUUCGGAAGUCAAUGAGGAGGAGAAGUGA